CUUUUCUUUCAGAUCGUUUCAUUACAACUUUCGUAUUAUACAAAAAACACUUAUUUACGAUAAAUUGCUAAGAAAUACAUCGGAUGAAAUCCCUGUUCACGAUCAAUCAAUUUUGUAUCUUUCAACUUCAACAUUUCUUAAAACUAAUUCUAAACCCAUGGCAGAAGGCGAUAAAAAAGACCUCAGUGUAUAUUAUAAAGAUAUUUUAGAAGCGCAGAAGGACAACAAUGUAUUAAUUAUUGAUGUCCGAGAACAAAAUGAAAUUAAUGAAACUGGCAAAUUACCAGGAAGUAUUCAUAUACCAAUGGGAAAUGUUUCUAAUGUUUUAUCAAGUUUGUCUCCAAAGGACUUUAGAAAUACAUUUGACAAAGAGAAACCUUCAAAGGAUACAAAGAUCAUAUUAAGUUGUAGAUCUGGUAAAAGAAGUGCAAUGGUACAAGAGGAGAUACAAAAACUUGGAUAUCAAAAGGCAUAUAACUAUGUUGGAGGAUGGUUAGAUUGGGAAAAUAAUCAAAAAGUAUAGAUUUUUU